CGUCACAAUGGAGUCAGUGGAAUUACCAGAAGAAGUUCCUUUACGUGCGCAAUUUACGGUUGAUGAUUUAGAUAUUGAAAUAUUACCACUUAUAUAUGAAAUAAUUCGAAGUGUUGAAAAAGACCCACAUGAUACCACACAGAAGGCCAAAGAAUCUCAGGAUACAAGUCAUAAGAUAUUAGAGCUUCAGAAAAAAUUAGAUUCUGCAAGAGCACAGAUUAAAAGGUUGCCAGGAAUAGAAUACAGCAAAGAAGAACAAUUGCAGAAGCUAGAAACUCUUCGCAAACAGCUCAGGCUUAAACGGGAGCUUUUAUUAAAAUAUCGUAAUAUGUGCACAUUUGAAGUUCCAAAAGUAUAGACAUCUGCUUCAUUCCUGGUAAACGGAAAA